UCGAUAGCCGCCAGGAGAAUCCACCGUUUCAAUCAAGUAGAGAGAGAGAGAGAUCUACUCUAAAUUUCUAGGCUUUGCUGAUUCUCUGUGAAAGAUUCUUCCAUUUUUUUUUUUGUUUUCGUGAAUUCGUUAUCUGAUUCUGGAGAAAGGGUUUCGUAGUUUGGAUGGUGGAAAUGAGACCCGAGUCUGAUUCAGCGGCGAAGUGCCGAGACGAGCUCCCGGUGAAGCUGGAGAUCGCGGAGGACGGUUUAGAAGAAGAGCACGGUCCUCUCAAGAAGCGAUCUAAGUUGUGGAGCUCAUCGCCAAUGGCGCUUGCUGAGCCGAGUCCUCUUGGACUAAGCCUUAGAAAGAGUCCAUCUUUGCUGGAUUUGAUACAGAUGAGGCUAACGCAAAGCGGUGACCCAAAAGCCGGAGGCUCUGGUGUUGUUAAACAAGAGAGUAAAUGUAUUGAGAAGCUGAAAGCUUCCAACUUUCCUGCCACGGUUUUGAAGAUCGGGCAGUGGGAGUAUAAAUCGAGGUAUGAAGGUGAUUUGGUGGCGAAGUGUUACUUUGCAAAACAUAAACUUGUUUGGGAAGUGUUGGAACGAGGUCUCAAGAGUAAAAUCGAGAUCCAAUGGUCAGAUAUUGUGGGGUUGAAAGCAAACUGUCCUGAAAAAGGACCUGGGACGUUGACUCUCCUGCUUUCUAGGCAGCCUUUGUUUUUCCGAGAAACAAACCCGCAGCCUAGGAAACAUACUUUGUGGCAGGCAACUUCAGAUUUUACUAGUGAUGGCCAAGCCAGUACGUACAGGAAGCAUUUUCUGCAAUGUGCUGAAGGGGUAAUGAACAAACAUUUGGAAAAGCUUGUUCAGUGUGAUCACCGCCUGUUGUAUUUAAGCCGUGAGCCAGAGAUAAUUAUGGACUCUCCCUUCUUUGAUGUACCGCAAUCUAUCUUUGAGGAUCCGAAUGAUUCAAAGGGUUAUCCUUUUGGGAACUUUAAUCUUAGCACAGGUCCUUCGGUAUCUGGGACUCAGAACUUAGCAUCUCCUGUUGGAGCACAGUCAUCCUCUGAACAUAUGUAUCUGUCUCAUGAAGCACCGUCUCCCAGCUCAGUGAUAGAUGCUCGUGCAAAUGAAGCAGUCAAUUCAAGAAACACAACUGAUUGUGGUCAGAUGGGAGGACUGCGCCAAUCUAUGUCACUGAGUGAUUUCCUUGCAGUUCUCUGUGAUCCAAAAGAUACAAGUGAUUCGAGUCAGGUUGAAGAAGUAGCUGGACUACACCAAUCUAUGUCAGUUAGUGAUUUCCUUGCACUGCUAUCUGAUUCAGGAAACAUAGCUGAUUCGAGUCAGAUUAAAGUACCUGGACUACAACAAUCCAUGUCAGUGAGCGACUUCGUUGGACUUCUCUCUGAUUCUGCUGUUGGAAACCAUCCGGAACAUAUGGAGAAUUUCGACAGCAUGAAACAGCAAUUGCUUAGUGAUAACAUCCAGUUCGAUGCACCACCAGAUGAGAAGUCUCUCAUGCCAAGUGUUGAUUCCUUAUUCAACCUCUUGUACAAGGAUCUCAAUGGCGCUGCAAACUCACAGCUCAGUGCUGAAAACUCGGUUGGAUUGAAGUCUGAACUCAGUGAUCUGAAGGGGAUAGUUCCGGACAAUAACAACAACAGAGUUCUUGAUCCAGCUUCCAGCAGCAGACCACAGGGCAUGUUGAGGAAAGACUCGUUCAGCGAUCUGCUAUUGCAUCUCCCCCGAAUCACAUCCUUGCCAAAGUUCUUGUCCAACAUAUCAGAAGAAGAUGGUGGUGCAUAUAAUAGAUGAUUAUAUAUAUAGAUUCCUUCUUUCUGUUUCAGUAUUUGGCAAGUAUAGGAACCUGAACUAGCAGCUUUUUUUGUUUUUUCUUGUAAAUCAAAGUUGUUUCUUGGUCACUAAACCCCACAAGGAAUUGAAGAAACAUGUUUUGAUAA